GUGGCCAUCAAAUCAUUCAAAUUAAAAUUGGCAAGAGAGAGUGAAGGUAUUCCCUUCUCGAUCUGUAGAGAAAUCAAUUUAUUGAAGGAAUUGGAUCAUCCCAACAUUCUAAAAGUUAAAGAUAUUGUUUUGGAUAAAUCUGAUGGGUUGUUCUACAUGGUAACACCUUAUUGUAAAUUGGAUUUGGAGAAAUUAUUGCAUUAUCAUAAGAAACAAAUUACGGAUAUGAAUAACAAACGACUACACCCUAAAUUGGAUAAAGGAGUUGUGAGGUCAAUAUUGUAUCAAAUGCUAUGUGGAUUGGAUUAUUUACACAAAGCAUGGGUGAUACACAGAGAUUUGAAACCUGCAAACAUAUUGAUACAUGAUGAAGGUAAUGACAGAGGUGUUAUAAAAAUUGCUGACUUUGGAUUGGCUCGUGUAUUUAAAGAUCCACUCAGGAAAUUGGCAGAUGAUGGACCUGUUGUCACCAUUUGGUAUAGAGCUCCUGAAUUAUUACUUGGAGCUAAGCAUUACACUCCAGCUGUGGAUAUUUGGAGUUUGGGAUGUAUUUUUAAUGAGCUCAUUACUACCAAACCAAUAUUUGAAGGCAGAGAGAACAAUAAGGAACAAUUUCAAAGAGAUCAAUUGGAGAAAAUAUUUUCAGUUCUUGGAACUCCAACAGAGGCAGACUGGCCAACAAUUAAGGAUUUGGAUUUUUAUCAAAUGAUUGGAACUAUACCAAAAUAUACACCAAAUUUGGAAAAUCAUACAGAGCUACCACCUGACUCACCAGAGAUGGAUUUAUUGAAACAACUAUUGUGUUAUGAUCCAUCAAAAAGAAUAACAGCAUCUGAAGCCCUUAAACAUCGACUCUUUGAACAGAAUAAGAAUUAUUCCUAG